CUUCUAGUUGGAGAUGGAGCUGUCCAAUUGGACCUCUGCUCAGGAGUUCAUCUUCUCUGCCUUCCCUUGUUCCUGGGGAGAUUCCGUGGUCUGCUUCGUCCCACUGCUCUUCAUCUAUGUGUUCAUUAUUGUUGGAAACCUGGUGAUCAUCACAGUGGUCCGGCUGAAUGCUCAUCUCCACACCCCCAUGUACUUCUUUAUCAGCGCCCUUUCUUUCCUAGAGAUCUGGUACACCACAGCCACUAUUCCAAAGAUGCUCUCUAGCCUCCUUAGCCAACGCCGGAGCAUUUCCCUGAACGGUUGUGUCCUACAGAUGUUCUUCUUCCACUCUACAGGCAUCAGUGAGGUUUGUCUCUUGACAGCUAUGGCCUUUGAUCGCUACCUGGCCAUCUGCAGCCCCCUUCAUUAUCCGACCAUCAUGACCCCUAGGCUGUGUUUCCAACUGACCUUAGGGUGCUGUAUCUGUGGCUUUCUCACGCCCCUCCCCGAGAUUGUCUGGAUCUCCACACUGCCGUUUUGUGGCUCUAAUCUCCUCGAGCAUAUCUUCUGUGACUUCCUCCCAGUGCUGCGCCUGGCCUGCACAGACACGCACACCAUCGUCAUGAUUCAGGUGGUGGAUAUUGUCCACGCGGCAGAGAUUAUUACAGCCGUGAUGCUCAUUUUCAUGUCCUAUGUGGGUAUAGUGGCUGUGAUUCUACGGAUCCGUUCAGCAGAAGGCCGCCGCAAAGCGUUCUCCACGUGCGUCUCCCACCUGACCGUCUUCUUGCUCUUCUUCGGCAGCGUGGCUCUCAUGUACCUUCGCUUCUCUGCCACUUACUCCCUGUUUUGGGAUACUGCCAUCGCCCUGGCCUUUGCAGUGCUGUCCCCCUUCUUCAAUCCUAUCAUCUAUAGCCUGAGGAAUAAAGAAAUAAAAGAAGCUAUAAAAAAGCACAUGGGUCAAGCUAGAGUCCUUAUUCAUAAGAUUUAGGGACCUCACAUAAGAU